AUGGGGAAAGCGGGCAAAUGGAUUAGAAACUUCCUUCUAGGGAAAAGAGAAGAGAAAUUCAAGAAGAUUGAUGCGUGCCACCCUGAGAAUAAGGCUAUCAACAUGGGAAGUCAGAUUGUGAAUCCCAAAGUGAAGCGCAAAUGGAGCUUUGGAAAAUUAACAGGUGGAAAGAUAACAAGCAAGGUAUCAGGUCAUAAAUUUUCCAGAUCUUUUGACUCAGGAGACUCUGCAAAACUGCAAAUACAAACCUUGUUGGAAACUCAGACUCCGAGGAUUCUUUCAACAGCACUGGCUAAGGUUUGUGAAGACACUGAGUUUGAAACCACAGCUGCUACAAAGAUUCAAGCUGCCUUUCGUUCAUAUUUGGCAAGGAAAGCAUUGUAUGCUUUAAGGGGACUAGUCAAGUUGCAGGCACUAGUGAGGGGUCACCUUGUAAGGAAACAAACAACAACUACAAUGCGUGGCAUGCAUGCGUUGAUGGCCAUACAAGUUAGAGCCCGAAUUCAAAGAAUUCAGAUGGCAGAGGAAGCAAAUCUCCUCUGGAAACAGCCUAUGCAACAUAGAGAAAUGCCACACUUGAAAGAUCUCAUAACAGAAGAAAAUAAAGAUUCGGGCGAUAUGAGUCUAGAAGAAAUGUUGGAGGUUUGGAAAAGUAGAAGUGGCCCUUUAGAUGGUUCACACGAUAAAAGAGGGCAUGAUUCUAUGACAUAUUAUUCGAAGCAUCUGCCAGUUUCCAGACGAGAAAACCAACACAAGAAUGCUUUACUAGCAGAAUCAAACAGCCAAGGAAACUACCGGGACAUGUCUGAAUUUAACCUAACCACAAUGGCCUUAUCAACCUCUCAGCGCCAUCCAGUACCCCAUCGCCAAUCAUGGUCACCAAAUUACAUGAACAAGACAGAAUCUUCGAGGGCUAAAGCAAGGUCUCACAGUGAACCAAAACAACGACCCAGAUGGGGAAUGAGGCACAAAAGCAAGUCUGUGGAAUCUCCACGGAAUGGUCCAAGACAAAAUCUUUUCUCCAAUUCGUUACGCUUCGAUCAUGGAAACCAGGACCAUUGCGUUAUCAGUCUUCAUGGAUCAAUGAAAGAUAGCAAGCGCGAUUCCUUCGGCAGCAGCACCGGCACGGUUACUAGUGAUUCCUAUUAUUGAAUAUCUUGCUUAGUUACAGA